CCGAGUGCGUGCCUAAUGCCGACGUGGCAGAAGGAGUGGCCGCGUCUGGAGCGUGGAGGCGGAACUUCCUGGGGGGACACCACGGCCCCCACCACCCAGAUCGGAACCGGAAGUGGAGCCUGGGAGCCUAAGACGUUAGGAACGAAGGCGAACCUGGAUCUGGAGCCGGGUAAGACCAAGUCGGGGAUGCUGUCAUAAUGAAUGUUAACCAGUCAGCUCCACCUGUGCCGCCAUUUGGGCAGCCUCAGCCCAUCUACCCAGGGUAUCAUCAGUCCAGUUAUGGUGGGCAGCCAGGGUCCACAGCACUUCCAACUCCCUAUGGCGCCUACAAUGGUCCAGUGCCAGGCUAUCAGCAAACACCUCCUCUUGGUAUGUCAAGAGCCCCACCCUCCUCAGGGGCCCCUCCAACCUCGACAGCACAGGCUUCUUGUGGCCAAGCUGGGUAUGGCCAGUUUGGCCAAGGUGAUAUACAGAAUGGACCCAGCUCUUCCACUGUUCCCACGCCAAGGCUCCCUGGGUCUCAGCCAUUUGGAUCCCCAUUGGCUCCUGCAGUCAGCCAGCCAGCUGUGCUUCAGCCCUAUGGCCCUCCCCCGACAAGUGCACAGGUGACUGCCCAGCUGGCCGGAAUGCAGAUCAGUGGUGCUAUGGCCCCAGCUCCUCCCCCUUCAGGGCUGGGCUAUGGACCACCAACAUCGCUGGCCUCAGCCUCAGGAAGUUUCCCUAACUCCGGUCCAUAUGGCUCCUAUCCUCAGGGCCAGGCUCCUCCCAUUAGCCAGACCCAAGGUCAUCCUGGGGUUCAGCCUCCCCAGCGGUCUGCACCCCCACUGGCCUCCAGCUUCAAACCCCCAGCUUCAGGGGGUCCUCGGAUGCCUUCGAUGACUGGUCCACUUCCACCUGGACAGGGUUUUGGGGGUGUCCCCAUAAGCCACCCCAACCAUGUGUCCUCACCUCUUCCUCAAGCUCUGCCCCCAGGCACCCAGAUGACUGGGCCCCAAGGACCACUGCCACCUAUGCACUCCCCCCAGCAGCCGGGUUAUCAACUGCAACAAAAUGGUUCCUUUGGACCAGGCCGGGGCCCACAGCCCAAUUAUGGAAGCCCCUACCCUGGGGCACCCACUUUUGGCAGUCAGCCUGGGCCUCCUCAGCCACUGCCUCCUAAGCGCCUGGACCCUGAUGCCAUCCCCAGCCCUCAACUCAAUGAGCUGCCUCCUCAGCAGAAAACCAGGCACAGAAUAGACCCUGAUGCCAUUCCUAGUCCAAUUCAGGUCAUUGAAGAUGAUAGGAACAACCGGGCUUCAGAGCCAUUUGUUACUGGUAUACGGGGCCAGGUGCCACCCUUAGUCACCACCAACUUCCUGGUGAAAGACCAAGGGAAUGCAAGUCCCCGAUACAUCCGAUGCACAUCCUAUAACAUCCCUUGCACGUCUGACAUGGCUAAGCAGGCUCAGGUGCCCCUGGCAGCUGUCAUCAAGCCCCUGGCAAGGCUGCCCCAAGAGGAGGCUUCACCGUAUGUCGUAGACCAUGGGGAAUCUGGCCCCUUGCGCUGCAAUCGCUGCAAAGCAUACAUGUGCCCUUUCAUGCAGUUCAUCGAGGGAGGGAGGCGCUUCCAGUGCUGCUUUUGCAGCUGUAUCAAUGAUGUUCCUCCCCAGUAUUUCCAACAUCUGGAUCACACCGGCAGACGUGUGGAUGCUUAUGACCGUCCUGAGCUAUCCCUGGGCUCUUAUGAAUUCUUGGCCACUGUAGAUUACUGCAAGAACAAUAAGUUACCCAGCCCUCCUGCCUUCAUCUUCAUGAUUGACGUCUCAUACAAUGCCAUCAGAACUGGUCUCGUUAGGCUCCUCUGUGAGGAGCUUAAGUCACUGUUAGACUACCUACCUAGGGAGGGGGCAGAAGAAUCAGCAAUCCAUGUUGGCUUUGUCACCUACAAUAAGGUGCUCCACUUCUACAAUGUGAAGAGCUCAUUGGCCCAGCCACAGAUGAUGGUUGUAUCUGAUGUGGCUGACAUGUUUGUGCCACUGCUGGAUGGCUUUCUGGUCAAUGUCAGUGAGUCUCGGGCAGUCAUCACCAGCCUACUGGAUCAGAUUCCAGAAAUAUUCGCAGACACAAGGGAAACAGAGACAGUAUUUGCACCAGUUAUCCAGGCUGGGAUGGAGGCCCUGAAGGCUGCCGAGUGUGCAGGAAAGCUGUUUCUGUUCCACACGUCCUUGCCCAUUGCAGAGGCCCCAGGGAAGCUGAAGAACAGAGAUGACAGGAAGCUCAUCAACACAGACAAAGAGAAGACUUUGUUCCAGCCUCAGACAGGUGUGUAUCAGACUCUGGCCAAAGAGUGUGUGGCCCAAGGCUGCUGUGUUGACCUCUUCCUCUUCCCUAACCAAUAUGUGGAUGUGGCCACGCUCUCACUUGUGCCCCAACUCACUGGUGGCUCUGUCUACAAAUAUGCUUGUUUUCAGGUGGAGAAUGACCAGGAACGGUUCCUGAGUGACCUUCGUCGUGAUGUACAGAAGGUUGUUGGCUUUGAUGCUGUGAUGAGGGUCCGCACGAGCACCGGUAUCCGUGCCAUAGACUUUUUUGGUGGUUUCUACAUGAGCAACACAACAGAUGUGGAGCUGGCGGGCCUGGAUGGGGACAAGACAGUGACUGUGGAGUUCAAGCAUGAUGAUCGACUUAAUGAAGAGAGUGGAGCCCUCCUGCAGUGUGCCCUGCUUUAUACCAGCUGUGCAGGGCAGCGUCGGCUCCGCAUCCACAACCUGGCCCUGAACUGCUGCACCCAGCUGGCUGAUCUGUAUCGGAACUGUGAGACUGACACACUCAUCAACUACAUGGCCAAGUUUGCAUACCGGGGUGUCCUGAAUAGCCCCAUAAAGACUGUGCGUGACACUCUCAUCACCCAGUGUGCCCAGAUCCUUGCCUGUUACAGAAAGAACUGUGCCAGCCCCUCUUCUGCAGGACAGUUGAUCCUUCCUGAGUGCAUGAAGCUACUUCCAGUUUACCUGAACUGUGUGUUGAAGAGUGACGUCCUGCAGCCUGGAGCUGAGGUCACUACUGACGAUCGUGCCUAUGUUCGACAGCUGGUUACUUCCAUGGAUGUGGCUGAGACUAAUGUCUUCUUCUACCCUCGGCUUCUACCACUGGUGCGACUGAGGAUUGGAACCAAGUCUCCCAUUGAGAGUACCACUGAACUACCAGCAGUUCGAGCAUCUGAAGAGCGUCUAAGCAGUGGUGAUAUAUAUUUACUGGAGAAUGGGCUCAACCUCUUCCUCUGGGUGGGAGCAAGUGUCCAACAAGGUGUCGUCCAGAGCCUUUUCAGCGUUGCUUCCUUCAGUCAGAUCACCAGUGGCUUGAGUGUCCUGCCAGUUCUGGAUAAUCCACUGUCCAAGAAGGUUCGAGGUCUCAUUGAUAGCUUAAGGGCACAGAGAGCACGGUACAUGAAGCUUAUUGUGGUGAAACAGGAAGACAAGCUGGAGAUGCUGUUCAAGAACUUCCUGGUGGAAGACAAGAGCCUGAGUGGGGGAGAAUCCUAUGUGGACUUUCUCUGUCAUAUGCACAAGGAGAUUCGGCAGCUACUGAGCUAAAGCAAGUGGUUAAAUGGCACAGGGUCCCAGACCAGCUUCCAGAAAGUACCCCAGGAUGGCAGAGAAAUUGGGACAGUUCCAUAUCUUAUAAGUCACGUAAGCCGACCUCAGUCUCUUUAGGGGGAGGGGGAGAUAUGAGGAGACACCUUCUUUCUGGGCUCAAGUAUCCUACCACUCUGUCAUGUCCUGCUGAUGGAAGGUGUCCCAUCCCUCACUCUACCCUCCUUUUCCUGCUAAUCCUGUUUUAAUGAAUGUAGUUUCUCAGUUCACUGUAUAUGAUUUGGUGUUGGGGGUUUGGAGGCACCCAGACCCUGGCAAUAUGUGUCCUUUUGGACCAGCCUCCAAGAAGAGAAGCAGGCAGAGGCAAGGAGUAGUACGGAUCCCAGGGUUACUACAGGGAGUGGCUAAUUCUGCUCAGUGUCAUCAACAACUUCCUAUAUUAGGGAUAAAACAUGUAGGUGCACAAGAGCUGGCAUACAUACCCAUAGGUGGUGGAGAGAAAAGUGGUUAGUGCUUCUGGGCCAGGUGGUCAGCAACCAAGUUAGUUACUGAGGGUGGUUAAUUAGCUUUCUCUCUCUGCUUCCACUGCGUGUGCUCUCCCCUGCAAUGAUUGCUGAUCACUUCGUGGAUAGAGGCAAGUUUUCAGAGACAUGAGUGAGCCUGGGAACUAAGUUGCAAAGUGUAUUAACACACCUAGGAGAGAUCCCAGCCUCCUUUCCAGCUGGAGAGCCCCGGACACUGGAUGGUUCUGUAGGGAGCCUGAUCAUCAACUUGCAAUACCUCACAGAGCCAGCCCACAUCCACCCAGCUCCUACUGGAAACACGCUUCUCCAAGCCAGGGGUUGCUGGGGAGAGGCAGAGGCAGCUGGAGCCCUGUUCUCUCCCACAGGGACACCACUUGGGCUUUGGUAUUGACCAAAUGGCUGACAGUUAUUUUCCAACCCAACUGCCUGGGGCAGGACAAGGGCUAGGAUCGAUGGCGGCCAGGCUUGCCUGCUCCCAGCCUGGGAUGCCCCUGCUCUGGACCUCUCAUUUCUCUUCAUUGGUUUAUUUUUCAAUGCAUCUUUAAUUUGUAAAGAAAUAAAAUAAGAUGUAACCA